UUUAAAAGUGUUUGCCGUGCUUUUGGCUGCACGCGAGCACCAAGCGUGAGCCAACAGCCAGGGACUUGGCCAGCAAAUAUUCCCAGUUUUCUGUUUGUGUACUCUGGCCUCCCCGCCUCCGAGUGCCCUUUAUCUACUCACCGCCGAUACGGUUUCUGUGUCAAUAUUGGCCCGAGCGAAUAUGCAGAACUGACAUGUUUCUCUCUCUUCCUCUCAGCGGCGCCUUUUCCGAAGUGGUGAUGGCUCGGGAGAAGGCCACGGGAAAGAUGGUGGCAAUCAAGUGCAUCCCGAAAAAAGCCCUGAAGGGAAAGGAGACGAGCAUCGAGAAUGAAAUCGCGGUGCUCAGGAAGAUAAAGCAUGAGAAUAUUGUGGCUCUGGAGGACAUCUAUGAGAGCUCAAACCACCUGUACCUCAUAAUGCAGCUGGUGUCUGGAGGCGAGCUGUUUGACCGCAUCGUAGAGAAAGGCUUCUACACCGAGAUGGACGCCAGCCGGCUCAUUCGACAGGUUUUGGAUGGAGUCAACUAUCUGCACUCUCUGGGUAUAGUGCACCGAGACCUAAAGCCUGAGAACCUGCUGUACUUCAGUCCCCACGACGAAUCAAAAAUCAUGAUCAGCGACUUUGGCUUAUCGAAGAUGGAGGGAACAGGUGACGUGAUGGCCACCGCCUGUGGGACUCCAGGAUACGUUGCUCCUGAGGUUUUGGCUCAGAAGCCCUACAGCAAAGCUGUGGACUGCUGGUCUAUUGGGGUCAUCGCUUAUAUUCUGCUGUGUGGUUACCCUCCUUUCUAUGACGAGAACGAUUCGAAGCUCUUUGAGCAGAUUCUCAAGGCCGACUAUGAGUUUGACGCACCGUACUGGGAUGACAUAUCAGACUCCGCCAAAGACUUUAUCAGCUGCCUCAUGGAGAAGGACCCAGAGAAGAGAUUCAUAUGUGACCAGGCUCUUCAGCACCCUUGGAUUGCUGGAGGCACCGCGCUCUGCAAGAACAUCCAUGAAUCAGUCAGUCGCCAGAUGCGGAAAAACUUUGCCAAAAGCAAAUGGAGGCAAGCCUUCAACGCCACGGCUGUGGUGCGCCACAUGAGGCGCCUGCAGCUGGGCACCAGCUUCGGCAGCAGCAUCCACAACGCCGCGUCCAGCCCUCAGAGCCGCGCUCCAGCCAAGAGCCAGUCCGUGGACUGCGCCCCGCUUUCCCCGAAGGACGGCCCUCCGAUAGAACCUCUGCCCUCUGCUGUCAAAGUGUACACCCAGGACCCCGACGCCCCCCCCGCCGCUCUGGAGGAGCCGGCCGAGGUGGCCGAGCCGUCGCGGCCGCGGCCCUCCACCGUCACGGUCAUCCACACCGGGACUAAAUGACGCCAGGUUCCGCGGGAGGUGAGCUGGGAGACCACGGAGCUUUGAGACGGGACACCGCCGUCCCAGGCCUCGACGCCGUCGCCCAGUUUGCUCGUCCCGCGACCUCCCGCCUGUUUCUGCCGACCGCGGGAGGAGGAAUUUGAGGAGCGUUGGCUCAGCCCGGCAAGACCCCCCCCCCCCCCCCACCCCCCACCCCUUCUCCCUCGCAUACAGACCUGGAAGCACAGAGGGGAAGACGCUCACCAGAAGUGGUUAUUGUGGAGGCCGUAGUCCACCUGGAUCGCGGUUGUUAGGCGGAGGAGCAGGAAGUUGGGGAGCGCCACGCUAACUUUAUUGACGCUGCUAUCGGUUUAAACUGUGAGUGUCUUAAGGAAGGGGACACUCCUCGGUAUGCCUUGUGUAAAUAUCCCGCCUGGAAAUGUCGAAUGGUGUCAUGUUAUGCAAGUGAAAUGUAGGUUUCAAGCCGUGGUAAAUAAUUGUGACAUCACCUGCACUUGUUGUUUGGACAGCUCUUCGUUUGAUUCGCCGUGCCGUUUGCCACGAUGGCGGCCAGCAGUGCGACGGUAUGCUUUACCUCUUUGCUUUAAAGUGUGUGUGAACAGGAAACGGGAAGCGGAUCGCUGAGAGAGCCGGUGCAUUGCACUAAUGUGUUGGAUUAUUUAUUUUCUUAUAAUAUAUAUUAUCACUUUUGUAAAAUAUGUGUAAAUGUGCUAUUAGACAGGAUUGUAAAGCUGUCGAAUGAUGAAGAAACGGUAUCUACUGUACUUGUUGUUACUCUGUAAUCGAUGUUUUAUCUGAUGAACAGGUUUUUUGGACGUAACUGUGAACUCCUGGUUGACCACAGGAGGGCAACCGUGUUCUCAGGGAUGUGCUGCGACAUGAAGCCAAAACCCUCUCACUGCCGACGAGGACGAUUAAAAUGGUUGGAAAGUAGAACCUCCAGUUACUGCAUGUUAUUCUGAUGUGCCAUCAAGGUUAUUCUUUAAACUCCUCAUUAUUGACGCUAUGAACGGAUUGUUUUCCCGUUAAAACCUCGAGUCAAACUGGGGAUUAAAGGAGAUGGUGUUCAUCACAAAGUGAGCAUGAAAAUGACAAAUGAAUGCAUACGUAUAUUCAUAAUGAAGUCCCCCGGAGCAGAAUUCCUUUGCAGUGUUCAGUAGUCGUACUAUCGUGCUGUGCUUCCAUGCAGUGGCUGGUCUGAGAACAGCUCUCUCACUGUGUUUGAUCACUGUACUUUCAUACCAGCUUGUUGAAUUUAGCACAAAGACUCUCUUUCUCGCUCCAGAGACUUCCACACACAGAUAAAAUAAGGUAUCGGCCUUUGUAUGUUCUCUGUGGUACCUCCUAUUUAAUUUACAAUCAGAACUCCCCCAAAAUAUGUCCAAUAUCGGGCGCUUUGUCAUCUUGAAUUACCUAACAUGCUGUGGGGAAUAUUCACAUCUACUCAUUGUAAAUACAAAGCUCAACAACCGUUAGCUCGGGUCCUGCGUGUUAAUAUAUAUUUUGUCUUCCCCUUUAUUUUUCCCUUCUAAAAAAAAACAUCAGCAGGAAUCAGAAAUGUGACGCAUUGCGAGCUCCUCAGUUUGCAUGUUAUGACAUAGUUGCAGAAAUGUGCUGUGGAGUUUUAGAGAUUAAUGUAUUAAAAAAGAUGCAUGCAUGAGUUGUUGCUUUUUGAAGGUUGGAGUAAAUGGUCAAAUUAUUUCAGUUUGUACAUAUUUAUUACAAUAAAAAUACAGAUUUUUAAA